GUAUUUUUUCUCAUGAGUCAUGAUUAUCAAUAAUAUGAUAAAAGUUCAGAAGAGGACAAAACCGGUCCAUUUAUGAUGCUCACGACUGCUAAUAUUAUCACUUAAAAGUUACAAAAUAAAAACAAACCCGUAAGCCGUAAGGUAACACAGUUCCUUUAACCUAAAAGCCUAAAACCUGUCCAAAAAAAGCUUUGAGAGUUAAGUUAGAGAGAAGGUUGAUAUAAAAGAUAUGUUGGAAGGGAAAGCGAAGGUGGAAGAGACAGACAUGCCAGUGAAGAUGCAGAUGCAAGCAAUGAGCAUUGCUUCUAAAACUCUCGAUCUUUUUGAUGUCUUUGAUUGUCAAUCCAUCGCUGCUCACAUCAAGAAGGAGUUUGAUGAGAGAUAUGGGAGUGGUUGGCAAUGUGUGGUGGGAUCAAAUUUUGGGUGUUUCUUCACACAUUCUAAAGGAACUUUCAUCUAUUUUCAUUUGGGGACCCUCAACUUCCUCAUCUUCAAAGGCGCUGCUCUUUAGUUUCUAUACCACAUCCCAUCUUUUUUCUUUUUUCUUUUUAAACUCAAAGCAGUUACGUUUUGUUUGUUUGUAAGUAUAGUUCUUGUUUCCAAUAAAACUGUGAGAUCACGUAUCUGUAUAAUAUGGCUUUUAGGGAUUAAUUAAGAGAAACACAUAGCAGAUUAAACUAAUUUAAAUUAGAAAGUAUGAAAAUUGAAUUGGAUAGUACUAAAUACAACAUC